CUCCCUCUACGCUUGAGCUGCAGACUAGAAUUUGAGCUAGCGCUCUUCGACGGUGGCACGAUUCGUGAGUGGAAAACGUAUAUAUAAACGAGGAGCAGCCGUGUCAUUUCCCUCCAGAGAAGACACGUUUAUCAGUGUUAAUCACUGGGCAAUAAAGUCGCCAGCUUCACUAAAAAGAAAAUGCCUCCCCUCGUUCGCCACAGAACGAUGCGCGUCUUCAUGAACGGCGACCGCCACGUCAUGGCCAAACAUUCCGCCAUCUAUCCAACACAGGAGGAGCUGGAAAGCGUCCAGAACAUGGUGUCCCACACAGAGCGGGCUCUGAAGGCCGUUUCUGAUUGGCUGGAUAAGGAGGAAAAGGGAACUACAAAGUCUGAAUUCGAAGACUGUGACAAAGACAGUGAGCAGAAGGACCAGGCCACCCGGACUCUGCGUGGCGUUAUGAGGGUGGGUCUGGUUGCUAAAGGUCUGCUGCUGAAAGGAGACCUGGACCUAGAGCUGGUGCUUCUCUGUAAGGACAAGCCCACCGUCAGUCUGCUGGGAAGGGUGUCUGAAAACCUUCUUGCACAGCUGCAGACUAUAACAGAAGAUAAAUACGUAGUAACGCAGGACAUCCAUGAUGCGAGCAUCAUGAUCCACAACACAAAGGAGCCCCCUCUAACGCUCACAAUUCACCUCACAUCCCCUUUGGUCCGCGAAGAGAUAGAGAAGGCGACCGCUGGAGAAACGCUUUCAGUCAUCGAUCCCCCGGAUGUUCUGGACAGGCAGAAAUGCCUAACUGCCUUGGCAUCUCUACGCCACGCUAAGUGGUUCCAGGCCAGAGCCAAUGGGCUGCGCUCCUGUGUCAUCGUCAUCCGCAUCCUGAGGGACCUGUGCGCCCGAGUCCCCACAUGGGCCCCGCUUCGUGGCUGGCCACUGGAGCUGAUCUGUGAGAAAGCAAUCGGCACAGGGAACAGGCCCAUGGGGGCAGGCGAAGCUCUGCGGAGAGUUUUAGAGUGUCUCGCUUCGGGGAUCCUCAUGACAGACGGUCCUGGAAUUUAUGAUCCAUGUGAGAAGGACCCCACAGACGCCAUUGGUCACCUGGAUCAGCAGCAGAGAGAAGACGUCACAGCGAGCGCUCAGCAUGCUUUAAGGCUGUCGGCUUUUGGGCAGCUCCACAAAGUUCUCGGAAUGGACCCGCUUCCGUCAAAAAUGCCCAAAAAACCUCGCAGCGACACCCCGAUUGAUUACACAGUGCAAAUCCCACCCAGCACAGCGUAUGCCCCACCUAUGAAGAGGCCUAUAGAAGAAGAAGAAGGAACCGAUGAUAAGAGUCCAAACAAAAAGAAGAAAAAGCUGCAGAAGAAAUCUGCAGAAGAAAAGGCGGAGCCGGCUCAGUCAAUGAACGCCCUAAUGAGGCUGAAUCAGCUGAAACCAGGUCUGCAGUACAAGCUGAUAUCUCAAACCGGUCCGGUUCAUGUUCCAGUGUUCACUAUGGCGGUGGAGGUGGACGGAAAGACGUUUGAGGCUUCUGGUCCGUCCAAGCGAACCGCCAAGCUGCAUGUAGCUGUCAAGGUGCUGCAGGACAUGGGCCUACCCACCGGGGUGGAACUGAAGAGUACUGAAGUCGCUGUGAAAUUGGAAGAAACUGUAGUAGCAAUCGCUGCAGAAGAAGUAAAGCCAGCAGUAAUCCAAACCGAAUCGUCCACUGCCACAGCCGGCGCCACUCCAGAAUCUGCCGAGACGGCUCGCCAGCAGGGACCAAUCCUGACCAAACACGGCAAGAACCCCGUGAUGGAGCUGAACGAGAAGCGCCGCGGCCUCAAGUACGAGCUCAUCUCUGAGACGGGCGGCAGUCACGACAAGCGCUUCGUCAUGGAGGUGGAGAUCGACGAGCAGAAGUUCCAGGGCACCGGGUCCAAUAAGAAGGUGGCCAAGGCGUACGCGGCCCUGGCUGCUCUGGAGAAGCUGUUUCCUGAAGGCUCUGCUCCUGAGCCUGCUAAAAAGAAGAAGGGACCGCCCAUGCACCAACCGUUUGGCCUGGACGUUGGCAUACCCAGAGGCAGAGGGAGAGGCCGAGGCCGUGGAAGAGGCAGAGGCUUCAACAACGGAGGCGGCUACGGUCAAGGAGGUGGAUUUGGAACGUACGGAUAUGGGAACAACACCAACUCUGGCUACAAUUACUACGACGACGGGGCAAAUGGCAGCGCUGGGGUAUCGAGCAGCCUCUCAGGCGGACUUCCGUUCAGCUCCACAGAACCUCCGGCUCCAGGCUCCUAUGGGUCAUAUUAUCAAAAUGAAGGAUCCUACGCUGCCCCGGCGGCCAACAAAAUGCCCAAAAAGAAACCCCCCAUGCAGAAGGGUGGUCCACUGGGAGGCUAUCAAUCAAACAUCUCCGUAGGGCAGGGGUCGUAUAACCAGUACGGGCAAGCGAAGAAGAGUUUCAACCAGAACCAGGGGGGUGCGGGUGGUUAUUCCUACAGCACUGCCUACCCCAGCCAGGUGACGGGGGGAGCGGGUGCUGCAUCUGGGGGUAACCAGGAGUACAAUUAUGAAGGUUUCACCCCCCAAACCAGUUACAGUACACAGGGAGGUGGCAACCAGGGCUUUCCCGCCAACCACACCCAGUACCCCGGCUUCGGCAGGAGCGACGGCAACAUGAAUUACCAGUACAGAUAGGCUGCUUCCACGGGGCCCAUGAAAUCACCCGGCAUCAGUGUGUCAACCCUUCUCCAAAGAGAGCGAUGGAAGACCUGCCUGUGCUCCUUGCCUUUUUCCAUGUCUGCUUCCUAUGUGCUUUCGGGUUUAGAUGUAGCACAUGUUGGCACACUCUGUGGACUUUUUAAAUGUCGAAUCCGAGCUGUGAUCGAAGUUAGUGGUCUGUUUCAGUAUGAUUAGUUCAAAGUUUUGUUUAUAUUUAUUUUUUCAUUUUUUGUUUUAUGUUCCUGGUCUUUACCACUAAAUAUGAAGACUGAUUCCUAAAACCUAUUUGUAAGACAAGACUUUAGUUUUUUUUUUGUUGUUUUUUUUUUUUUUAUGGCUGGACAAAUGUGAAAGAUAGUUUCACCUUUUCUUUUAUUAUUUUUGCUCCGUUUUGUGGUAACGUUAAAAUGUACGCUGAUAGCUUCUUCUUUUUUCCAGCAGUGGUUGUGAUUUUUGACUGUUUUUGCUAAUUACCUGAGGUGAGGUGAUGCUUUCACCAUCUGAUUUUCGAAGAUAACUGGAACAUAUAUUCUGCUGUUAAAUCCACAUCUCUGCUCAAUGUAGCUUUUAAACUGGGUGGGGUUUUGCUCUUGUUAAUGUGUAACAGAGUGUUUGUAUUAAUAAAUCCUUUUUAUUUUGAAUUAACA